AAUCUUUCUUUUCUUCAGUACGCCAGUAAUUAAUGUCACAUGACACCGUGUUCAAAAUGGCCAACAACAAGAAACCGCAAGCGAAGAAAUAUGAGAAGGAAUCUUCGAAGAAAUCUCUGCCUCCACCAACAAAUAUCAGUUCAUUCAUAGUAAUUCUGAUACUUACACUGUGUAAAAAAGUUUUGCUGAUAGAUACAGCUGUAAAAAUUGGAACGUAUUUGUUAAUAGUUCUGAUAGGAUCGGUUAUUGCUGACUUUUCAGUUUUACCAAAGUUCUAUUUAGCAGAGAAACACAACAUAUUGAACAGAUUUUUCGUCAGAAUGGGAUGGGGUUGGACUUUUAUCCUACUUUCAAUGUUCAUAUUUAUGACCAGCUAUGUUUACACACUAGGAAACUUGAAGAAUGUACUUAAACAUUUGUGUCGUUUGGCAGUUGCAACAUUUUGGUGGUAUUUCAUCACAUCUGCAUUCCGCAGAGUUGAAGAAAUUGUAGGUGUAUGUUCAGAACCAACUAAAGGAAGCAAGAUGUCUUGUAUUAAAUCUGGAAAGUUAUGGUUAGGAUUUGAUAUAUCAGGGCACACUUUCCUAUUAAUUCAUUGUUUGCUAACAAUAUCGGAGGAAGUGCGAUGCUUCAAAGAUUGGAAGAAAUUAGGACAAAUUUUAACAGAAGAUAACAUAGUUGAUAAAAGAAACUUGAAGAAAUCUGAUGUUGAGAAUUCAUUAGAAGCAUACAAUUUACUAUCACCAUAUGUCAAGGCAAUAUUUACAUCCUUGGCCAUUUGCACUGUGAUUUUUGAAUUUAUGUUAUUGAUAACAACUGUAUAUAGAUUUCAUACACUUUCACAGAAAGUAACAGCAGCUUUUAUAGCAGUUGGAUGUUGGUUUAUCAGCUACAGAAUCUUAGUACCCAGCAGCUUUGAUGUGAUAAAGAAAUCUGGUGACAGUGUGCUGAAAUUUACAAAACUUGUUUGAUAAAGUUUGAAAGAACCAUAUUAUGCUUUAUUAUUUAACCCAACUUUAUGAGAAAUUCUACAUGAAAAGAUUAGUACAAUGAUGUGAAUCUAGAGCCCUUAUACAUGUAUACCAUGUUUACAAAUGUAAAUUUGGCAAAUCUUAAAUAUCCUUAUGAUUAUCGUAAGAUAAAAUACUUUUUCGGUUAACAUGGUUAAUAAUCUGAAGAAAAAUGAAUAAUUAAGCAUAAUAUGAUCUAAUAUGGUACAGUUUGUUAUUUUUCUUAUGUUACUGUUUAUUCAGUUUUCGAUUGAAAUAAUUGCAAUAGACAUUGAUAGAAGUCAAAUUUUGUAAAUCCCCUGAUUAAGUUGUUUUUGUUUUUACCUUAUUACCUAUACAUGUAGCUAGUGCCAAACCAUUUUAUGUUGUUAUUAUAUUUUCUAUUGAAGAUUUACAUUUUCUGUUUGAGAUGUUUUUAUUUUUAUAACAGGCAUGUUUGAUCUACCAUUGAUAACAUGUUUGAUAUUCUACUUAUUUUUUUCUAGAUUUAUAUAAAUGAUUUUGAGAGACUGUGUUUUACAUUGUUUAUGUGUCAUAGUUUUUAAAUUAAAAUACAACACCAACAAAAUCCUUUUUUAUUUGGUGUUUUUUACAAACCAUUUUUAGUUACUACAAUCAUGACAGUAGUAUUCAACUGUAUGGUAAAUGAAUAUGAUGAUUAUAUUAUUAAGUGUGUAUGCAUGUAUACAUUAUUAUUGUUCAUUUUUAUGUGAUAUAAAGCUAAAAGUACAUGUACAUGUAUGUGUACACCAUUUACAAUGUAGUUUCAAACAAAAAUGAACAUACAUUACUAUAUGUACAUAAGCAAUAGUUGCAGGAAGUGAGAGAUUUUGUCUCCUCACGCCACUUGAGGCCACUAGUCAAUAUUUUUUUACCAGUCAUAAAAAAAUCAAUCAUUUACCCUUUUAAAAAUAUGCAUGAUAUGAAAAUACAGAUUUGGGAAAUCCAGUGUAUCAUAAUUAGAUAUGUUAGACAUCCAGAUUUCUUCUGAAAUAUAGAAAUAAGAAAAUGUACUCAUUUUUUAUAUAUUUUUUGCCUUUUAUCUUGAUAAAUAGAUAAAUUAUCAGCAGGAUUAGUUCUAACGUGAUUGAAGUUGUCACUUAAUUAUUAAUAGAGUUAUUUCCCUUUAUUAAUGAUUUUUACUAAAAGUAAAAGUGGCCAUUGUUGAAGAUGAAUGUGAGCGACACAGUCUAUUUAGGGCCUUUAGUUUUUCAAAGCUAAACUUCUCUUGCAAGAGGGUCAUCUCUACUUGUAUAUUCACAGUACAGUACUUUGUCAGUUUUGUGAAAAAGAAAUGAAUGUACACAACUUUGGAUUGAUACCUUGUGCUUAUUGUCUUUUCUGAGUAUUUUUUUUUUUUGUGUUGAAACUCUGGUUUAUAUUAAUAUGUAUGUAUUAUUAUAUUUAUACUAUAUCUUCUUUACAGGAUUGUUUUCAUUAAAA